AUGAGUUUCAUGUGGAGGAGUGUCUUUAACAAACCGCGGCUCUGCCUCUCCUCCAUCGCAGCAGCAGCUCCUCUGCCCUGCCGGCUGCUCCACGUCGGCCAGCGAGCCUCCCUCACCAAAGCCUUCUCCUCUAGAGAUGUGGAGCUCUUCGCUGAGCUGACAGGCGACACAAACCCCCUCCACCUGGACCCAGUCUACGCCAGCACCACCUCCUUCGAGACGCCCAUCGUCCACGGCGUCCUCAUCAAUGGCCUGAUCUCGGCCGUGCUCGGCACCAAGAUGCCAGGCCGCGGCUGCGUCUUCCUGCAUCAGGAGAUCCGCUUCCCGGCGCCCCUGUAUGUUGGUGAGGAGGUGCUGGCCGAAGCCGAGGUCCGCAAGAUCAAGAUGUCGUUUGCCUUGAUCGCCGUGACGUGUUCGGUCAAAGACAAGGUGGUGAUGGACGGGGAGGUGAUGGUGAUGAUGCCCGAGGAUCAGCAGAAGAAGGGGUGA